AUGGAUAAAUUCCGCAUGCUGUUCCAGCACGUCCAGUCCAGCUCCGAGUCCGUGAUGAAUGGCAUCUGCCUGCUGCUGGCCGCAGUCACUGUCAAGCUGUACUCCUCCUUCGACUUCAACUGCCCCUGCCUGGCGCGCUACAAUGCCCUCUACGGCCUGGGCCUGCUGCUCACACCCCCGCUCGCCCUUUUCCUCUGCGGGCUCCUGGCCAACCGGCAGUCCGUAGUGAUGGUUGAGGAGUGGCGCCGGCCCACUGGGCAUCGGAGGAAGGACCCGGGCAUCAUCAGGUAUAUGUGCUCCUCUGUGCUGCAGAGAGCACUGGCCGCCCCUCUUGUCUGGAUCCUGCUGGCCCUCCUCGAUGGGAAGUGCUUCGUGUGUGCCUUCAGCUGCUCCGUGGACCCCGAGAAGUUUCUAGACUUUGCCAACAUGACCCCCAGCCAGGUGCAGCUUUUUCUGGCCAAGGUGCCCUGCAAGGAGGAUGAGCUGGUCAGGGACAGCCCUGCUCGGAAGGCAGUGUCUCGCUACCUGCGGUGCCUGUCACAGGCCAUCGGCUGGAGUAUCACCCUGCUGAUGAUCAUCAUGGCCUUCCUGGCCCGCUGCUUGAGGCCCUGCUUUGACCAGACAGUCUUCCUGCAGCGCAGAUACUGGAGCAACUACGUGGACCUGGAGCAGAAGCUCUUCGAUGAGACGUGCUGUGAGCAUGCGCGGGACUUCGCGCACCGCUGCGUGCUGCACUUCUUCGCCAGCAUGCAGAGCGAGAUGCGGGCGCGUGGGCUGCACCGGGACUCCGCGGGCAGAGGCCCCGAGCUCCCCCAGAUGCCCGCGCCCCUCGAGGACCUGGACGGCGAAAGCAGGAAGGCCCACCUGCGCGCAGUCUCCAGUCGGGAGCAGGUGGACCACCUCCUGAGCUCCUGGUAUUCCAGCAAACCACCACUUGACCUCCUGGCACCCCCAGGGCCCUGGGGGGGUGGCCUCAGCCACCGCUCCCCCACGGUGGCCCUGGGCACCAGGCUGUCCCAGUACACUGAUGUGUAGAGACCCUGGCAGUGUCCCCAUGUAAAACGCCCAU